UGACUAUCUUCGCCAUCAUCUGAUCCAGCCUUUCCGAUGUGUCCUGCGACUCUUGGGGCUCUUCAUCUCCUGCUUCGUCGUCCACAUCCAGUACGUCAGUAUCGUCACGGGCCUCAGUCUCUUCUACUUCUUCGACGACACGCUUCCGAGAUUGACGGUUGCUUGUGAGACUGGUCUUGGCAGUGCGCGGCGGAGCCAUAAUUGCUGUAAGGCUGCAGGCCUUCCAAUUUGUGAAAGCUCACUCAGACGUGUAAGUGGUGACGUUCAGUUCAAAUCGGAAGGAGGUGGAGCACUUGCUCCUUCCCCGCAUUAGCGCAGGCCGUGCGUGCAUCUAAAAUUUUGGAUCUCGAAUUUGGGCGGACUUCCGCGUUCUCUCCGCUCAGCAAAACUCGAACCGAAGCAGCACAACCGGCAAUAUGGGUCUCGCAGCGCCAAAGAAUCGUUCCAAAAUCUCCAACGACCCACAGAACACAACCUGGGCGAACAAUACCACGCGCUUCGGACACCGUAUCCUAGAAUCUCAGGGCUGGAAAACUGGCGACUCUCUUGGCGCACAAGAUGCUGCGCACGCUGCUCAUUACACCGCUGCGUCACAGUCGCAUAUCCGCGUUUUCCUCAAGGACGACAACUUGGGCUUGGGCGCGAAGCGAGGUAGCGAGCGCGCGGAAAACUUUGGUCUUGCGGGGCUAGAAAGUAUUCUGGGUCGGCUGAAUGGCAAGGAGGAGGAUGUCAAGAAGGAGGAAGCGAGGAGGGAAGAGGUCGAGAAGAGGGCAUACGUGUACAGGAAGUAUGGCUUGAUGAACUUCGUCAGUGGAGGCUACCUUGUGGGCGACAAAAUUCAGACGAAAGACGAGCUCAAGAAGGAGACUGAGGCCAAGGUCGAAGUCAAGUCUGAGCCAGAAAGCGACGAGUCAGAGAGCAAGAUCAGUAAGAAGAGGAAGCGCAAAGAUCGUGAAGAAGUCCAAACCAUUGCGGACGGUACUGUGGAGGAGCCAAAGCUCAAGCGCAAGAAGAAGAGCACAGAUUUGCGCGAGGUUUCCAAGGACGAGGCAGACGUAGAGGGUGUUUCGAGUAAGGAGAAGAAGGAGAAGAAAGAUAAAUCCAAGAAGAAGUCCAAAAAAGAGAAGAAGUCAUCGACUUCCGAUCCUGAGCCUUCGCUAUCCGACGUUCCUAGCCCUCAGUCAGACCCAGAACCUCUCACGGACAAGGCUCGACGGAAAGCGGAGAAGAAGGUUCGCAAGGAAGAGAAGAAGCUCAAGAAGGCUCUCAAGAAGGCCGCCAAGGGAGCCGCGAAAUCCGACUCCAGCUCCGAAAGUGAAAACGAGGAACUAACACCAAGCACCUCCACGCCGACGUCGGUUCCAGCAACUGGCACUUCCACUCCCACAUUGUCUGCUGCUGGUCUGACGUUUGGUGCAAGGGGAAUGCAUGCAGUGAGGCAGAGAUAUAUUCGGCAGAAGAAAGCUGCGAGCAUGGAUCCGCAGGCUUUGAGAGAGAUUUUCAUGAUUAAGACCCCAGUAUAGCAUGCCGCUACGCCGAAAUCGAUUUUGAGUGCAUAGCGGGGGCGUUUGGGGGAUUUGCGGUUCGAACAUGUUCAUAGGGGGCUAUUGUAUUUGCUGCCAUAUCGACUAUACUGUUAUACUAGACGUCUGCAGUAGACUAUAGAACAGGAAUGUUAUCGUAACACUCGAA